AUGUCCUCGGUGAAUGCAUCAGCCUGGUAUUAUCCCACCAGCAAUCCGCCUUGCCAGCAAAGGUGUGCCUCGGUCUGCUUACCAAAACAUGUUACUACGGAGCUUACUAGAGUUGGAAUGAAGGCGGGGACCGACAGACAACCUCACCAGGCGGCGAGCAAUGGACACCGACACGUUUACUUUGCUUUCCCCUUUUGUAUCCCUGGCUCCUCUCGGCUCGGCCUUGUUGCAGGAGGGCUGAGACACAAAAAUCCACCGACUCCGGCAGCCCUGAUUAAAUCAUCGCCCUGGAAGCAGGAGAGGGGCAGGUACAAAGAAGCAUGGUGGGGUGAAUGCGAUUGCGUGUGGGUGUGA